CACACACAUCGCUCUAUAAAAGCACUGACACACUUACAGUGACAGCACUAGCAGUUUGAAACUUUCUACCUGAACGAUGGGAGUCAUCAUCUCACACAUCUUCUCCAGGUUCACCUCCAAAACACCUGUCAGGAUUUUAAUGGUGGGUCUGGAUGCAGCAGGUAAAACCACCCUACUGUACAGACUGAAGCUGGCCGAAGUCGUCACCACCAUCCCGACUAUAGGUUUCAAUGUGGAGACAGUGGAGUAUAAGAACAUCAGUUUCACAGUUUGGGAUGUUGGUGGUCAGACUAUCAUCAGACCUCUGUGGAGACAUUACUUCACCAACACACAGGGUCUGAUAUUUGUGGUGGAUAGCAACGACCCAGAGAGGAUUAAAGAAGGUGCUGACGAGCUGCACAGGAUGUUGGAGGAGGAUGAGUUGAGGGUCGUAGCUUUACUGGUUUUUGCUAACAAGCAGGAUUUACCCAGAGCCAUGACCGUCAGUGACAUCACCGAGGCUCUCCACCUAUCAGGAGUCUCACAGCCGUGGUUUGUGCAAGCGUCCUGUGCUGUCAGUGGGUCGGGUCUGGUGGAGGGUCUGGACUGGCUCUCAGACCAGAUCGUUAAACAGAAGACGCUGAGGUGAACCCCUCAAACAGGAAGUCUGGAAUAAACCGGGAUGAGGCAGAAAAUCCUGGAGAAAAAUGAAGCUUCACCAUGCCUACAUAGCUUUUCAAAUUCUGAACUUUUAAAGAGCCCUAUUAUUCUCUUUGGGAUCUUUUCUGUAGGGUGUAUAGUUUUUAGUGCAUGCAAAUGGUCUGCAAUGGCUAAAAUCCCUUACUAACCUCCAGAGGGAGUUUCUCUCUCACACACUACCCCCCCCCCCCCCCCCCCUGCCUGAAACGCCACUAUCUGAUUCCUUUGUUUACUUCCAGUACACAGUGAUUCCGCUAUUUAAUAUUCACGCUUCUAUUGGCUAGCGCUCCAACACAUUGUACGUGAUAGGCUAAGGGUUAGGACAUCUCUAAGCGGUUGACCAAUCACAACAGAGGCAGCCAGCUAACCAAUCAGAGCAGACUGGGCUCUGGUUUCAGACAGAGGGUGAAAAGAGGUGCUGCAGCACAGGCAGUAUGAGAAAAAUAAAGAGCAUUUUGAACAUUAAAGCAUGGAGACAUGUCCCAGUAGAGGCAGAACAUACAGGAAUAAACUUGAAAAUUAGCAGAAUAGGGUCCCUUCAAAAGCAAUGAACAUGUUCAAUUCCAAUAGCUCAAUCUGCUUUUAGACUGCAGGGAAUGGAAUAAAAAGUGUAUUAUCUGUGCAUAUUCAAUAAACUCACAGAUUUAUGAUUUCAACAUUGUUUAUUUUAUCACAAAAGUGAACGCACAGUUUUUGGUAAUAAAAAUAUAUUUAGGACAUAAAAAACGAAUAAAGCAAAAGAACUUUAGCACAAUCGUGCAUGAUACAUAGUAAUGCAAGUAAACGACAGGGAUUCCAAAAAUGUAGACUUAAAAAUAGAAUAAUGUUAAAUAAAUGUCACUGUAUUCAACUGUAUACUGUAAUAUUAUAUAAACAUGUGGAUAUGUGAAUUUAACAGGUGUGUGUUUAUCUAAUGAAUGCCCUGCAUACUUCAUAAUUUGGCGUUAAUGUGUUUUAUUGUUGUUGUUGUUGUUGUUGUUGUUGGUUGCUAUUUGUAUAAUCAGCUCAGGUAUUCCUGUACCAAUAUGGCCUUUUCUACUUUUCCACAUGUUAUGUUAGUAAGUCUUUAUGUAAAUGUAUUCUUGUAUAUUCUUUAAUGGUGAUGUUUAUAUUUAUUCUAUAAUAAAGUUGGUCUGAUGACAA